AUGUUACAAUUUUCCAAUCAAAAUAUGUCAACUUUUACUGCUACCAAAGCUACUUCCUCAGCAACAAUUACUAAUAACAAUCAGUUAAAUAAUAAUAACAAUACAAACACGUCCAACACUACUAAAAUUAAUAAUAAACUUAAAAAAAUUAUUAAUAAGAAAAUCAUGACUUCUUUGAACAAUACUAAUAAUAUCAACGCUGUCAAUAACCUUAUGAUCCCAAUGGAUCUGGGGUUAUUUAACUCUAACCCAACUACUUCUAAUACCGGUUCUAAUUCGACCGAUAUUAAACUUGAAGAUACUCCCUUAUUUAGUUUCGCUAAUCUUCCAAACUUGAUCUCUAACCAAGAUCAAGUUUCCACUACUACUACUGCUAAUAACACCACCAAUAACACCCCUUGGAUCGGUUAUGAAGAUAUUGAUUCAGCUACAGUUGAUGCUUUUUUCUCUUCUAGUACUGAUUCUACUCCAUUAUUUGAAUUUGAAACUUUAAACAAAACUUCCAAUUCUAAUGCUGUCCAAGGGAAGGAUGCUUCAUCAUCUGAUCCUAUUGCAAAUUCCGCCUCCCAUGAAUGGACUUCCUUGUUCGAUAAUGAUAUUCCUGUCUCUAGUGCCGACGUUGAUUUGGCAUCUAAGGCAAUCGAAUUAAUUGAACAAGAUCCUCAAUUCAUCAAAGAUACAACUACGAAUACUUCCACUUCUAUUCCAACUUCAUUCACUGCUACUUUCCCAUCUUUAGAUAACCAAUUUUCUAAUACUUCUGGUUCUUCUAAUUCUCGUACUGUUAAUGGUACAACACGUAUUAUUUCUGCAGAUUCAUUCUUACCAACUCCAAUAAUGGAAAAUGCCAAAUUAUCCACUAUUUCAAGUGCAAGUCAUGCUUCAAAAAUUGUUAAAGGUGAAAAGAUUGACCAUUUAGGUAUUAUUUCUUAUAACCGUAAACAAAGACAAGCUCCUUUGAAACCUGUCGUUGCUGAAUCUAACGAUCCAGUUGCUAUGAAGCGUGCUAGAAAUACUGAAGCUGCUAGAAGAUCUCGUGCAAGAAAAUUGCAAAGAAUGAACCAAUUAGAAGACAAAGUAGAAGAUCUAUUAACAAGAAACUCUCAAUUGGAAAUGGAAGUGGCUAGAUUACAAAGCUUGCUAAAUAAUGGGAAAUAA